AUUAACCUAUUUAUCAUACUCACAAUAUCCUCAAUCACCGUUUCAAUCGUAGUCGCCCUAAACCUACUGACUGCCAAAACAUCACCCGACCCAGAAAAAUUAUCCCCUUACGAAUGUGGAUUCGACCCCCUCGGCUCUGCUCGCUUACCCCUAUCAAUCCGGUUCUUUAUAGUAGGCAUCCUAUUCCUGCUUUUUGACCUUGAAAUUGCCAUCCUACUACCACUCACAUGAGCCAUCCACACCCUCAACCCCUUAAAAACUAUUACAUGAGCCAUCAUCAUCUUCCUAUUCCUAUUCAUUGGACUAGCAUACGAAUGACUCCAGGGUGGCCUAGAAUGAGCAGAAUAA